AUGGGACAGUUCGAGCAGCCAGCAACAAGUUGCCCGCCACAGGUAUCCAUGGGAGCACGGGCGGCCCCACCCCUCGCCCCUCUUGAUCCUAUUAGUCUCGUCUUGGAAGUAAUCACACGAGACAGUCACUGGAGCACCCCCGAGAUUGAUCUGCCCGAAGGGCGCGGGGGCGAUCUGGCUGAAUUCGUCACUCCGAAUGAUUCCGGAGAGAGCACCGCCCGUGCAGAAGUUAAU